GCACCCAACCAGACCCUGGGGGUGAUGCCGGGCCUUCCCCGCGGCGCGGAGGCGACCGCUCAACCCUUCUUCCCGGCGAUUGGUGGACUGGCGGCUAAGGGGCGGAGAUAGGAGGGGCCGCUGCCAUCUUCUCCAAUGGAACGGAGACAGGGGCGGGCUAAUUGACGGAAGGAGCAUGGCGUGGAGACACCUGAAAAAGCGGGCCCAGGAUGCUGUGGUCAUCCUGGGGGGUGGAGGACUUCUCUUCGCCUCCUACCUGAUGGCCACGGGAGAUGAGCGUUUCUAUGCUGAACACCUGAUGCCAGCUCUGCAGGGGCUGCUGGAUCCGGAGUCAGCCCACAGACUGGCCGUUCGCUUCACCUCCCUGGGGCUCCUUCCACGGGCCAGAUUUCAAGACUCUGACAUGCUGGAAGUGAGAGUUCUGGGCCAUAAAUUCCGAAAUCCAGUAGGAAUUGCUGCAGGAUUUGACAAGCAUGGGGAAGCCGUGGACGGACUUUAUAAGAUGGGCUUUGGUUUUGUUGAGAUAGGAAGUGUGACUCCAAAACCUCAGGAAGGAAACCCCAGACCCAGAGUCUUCCGUCUUCCCGAGGACCAAGCUGUCAUUAACAGGUAUGGAUUUAACAGUCACGGGCUUUCAGUGGUGGAACACAGGUUACGGGCCAGACAGCAGAAGCAGGCCAAGCUCACAGAAGAUGGACUGCCGCUGGGGGUCAACUUGGGGAAGAACAAGACCUCAGCGGAUGCCGCGGAGGACUACGCAGAAGGGGUGCGCGUGCUGGGCCCGCUGGCCGACUACCUGGUGGUCAACGUGUCCAGCCCCAACACGGCCGGGCUGCGGAGCCUUCAGGGAAAGGCCGAGCUGCGCCGCCUGCUGACCAAGGUGCUGCAGGAGAGGGACGGCUUGCAGGGAGUGCACAGGCCGGCAGUGCUGGUGAAGAUCGCUCCUGACCUCACCGCCCAGGACAAGGAGGACAUUGCCAGUGUGGUCAAAGAGCUGGGCAUCGAUGGGCUGAUUGUUACGAACACCACCGUGAGUCGCCCUGCUGGUCUCCAGGGUGCCCUGCGCUGUGAAACGGGAGGGCUGAGUGGGAAGCCUCUUCGGGAUUUAUCAACUCAAACCAUUCGGGAGAUGUAUGCACUCACCCAAGGCCGAGUUCCCAUAAUUGGGGUUGGUGGCGUGAGCAGCGGGCAGGACGCGCUGGAGAAGAUCCGGGCAGGGGCCUCCCUGGUGCAGUUGUACACGGCCCUCACCUUCUGGGGGCCACCUGUCGUGGGCAGAGUUAAGCGGGAGCUGGAGGCCCUUCUGAAAGAGCAGGGCUUUGGCAGAGUCACAGAUGCCAUUGGAGCAGAUCAUCGGAGGUGAGGACAGCGUCUGUUGGGAAGCCUCAUCUGGAACCUUCCCAAGGACUCAGGCAAGCCUUUGUGGCUGGAUCGUGAGAGAAGAGGGACUCUGUCUUGAGCCAUGUCCCCCAGCCAUGGCAUAGCUGCACCAUAAAUGCCAAUUGGGGUUCACCAGGAUCAACCGCAGGCUUUCUUCGGUCCCUUGGUCAGACUAUAAACUGCGUUUGUGAUUCUUUGUGGAUUCAAACCCUAGGAUCCGACAGUCUUGCGAGCACAUUGAAUAUGAGGGGGAAAAAGUCAUGCAAAAAAUGAAGCCAUUUAGAACCUGG